AUGAAUUCGGUUAAAUUAAUUAAAACUGCCAACCAAGUUAACAGUCAAGUACAAAGCAUGUUAAAACAUUUUGAAAAUUACCAUUUUGUGACAAGGAGUAAUGAAGGGAUUUUAAAACUGAAUUUCAAUGCAGAAAACCUGAAACAAAUUAUUAAAAAUGAGUGGCUAGUAUCGAAUAGUAUUUUUUGUGAUCAACCAGCAUUUACAUUUCCUUGUUUGAAUUCGAUUUCAUUAUUUAAAAGUGCAUUCAGCAAUGUAAAAAGCAUGGUUUCAGCUGUACCAUUUAGCCUUAUUGAAUUAAAUACAAAUCACCUUAAUAAUAAAAGCAAAAUUCGAUUGCCAGCAAAUGAUGUUGAAUUAGUUAAAAAUCAGUUUGAAAAUGGUGAUAGCACAAUAUUAAAAAAUCAUACUAUAUAUAAAGCCGCAUUCAUAUUCCUAUGUGAUGCCUAUGAAAAAUUAAAUGAAAAUACUGAUAGGGAAAUGUUAAGAUUUUCCAAAGCAUUAGCACCUUAUAAAGUUUCUUUCGCUGGAAAUUGGAUAACAUCUGAUAAUGUACAAAAUUUAAGAGAGCUCACAUUGCUUUUAGCUAAAAAAAUUAAACAAUUAGGAAUACCUGUACUAUUACUACCUGAUAUCGGACAAAUCACAAUUGAAAAACAUCUAAUAAGAAAUGAUGCAUUAGGUAUUCCAUAUACUAUUAUAUUAAAUAAUUCAACACUUAAAGAUGGUAUCAUUACUCUUCGAAGUCGUGAUACAACUUUAGAAGUAAGUCAUUACCCCAUUAUUAGUAAAUUUCAAAAAUAUUAUUAUUAUUUUAACCUUUAA